AUGUCUGUCGUAACUAAUCGUCCGAAAAAAGUGGGAUCUUGGUAUUUUGGAGGAGUAGCUAGCGCUAUGGCAGCUGCAUGUACUCAUCCGUUAGAUCUUAUCAAAGUACAUUUACAAACUCAACAAAAGAAGGAGUUCGGGAUGGUUAGCAUGGGGAUUCGUGUAUGGAAGCAAGAUGGUGUUUUAGCGCUUUACAAUGGAAUAAGUGCUUCGAUCUUGAGACAGCUUACAUAUUCUAUGACUCGAUUCGGAAUUUACGAAACUUAUAAACAGUCUAAAAAUGACCCCUUGCCAUUCAGCGAAAGCUCAUUAGUAGCUUUUGCUUCUGGAUUUUGUGGUGGUGUCGUUGGUAACCCAGCGGACAUGAUUAACGUCAGAAUGCAAAACGAUAUGAAACUUCCUAUAAAUGAACGACGAAACUACAAAAAUUGUAUCGAUGGAUUAAUUCAUGUAGUUCGUCAUGAAGGUGUAAUAAAAUUAUUCAAUGGAGUCAGUAUGACUGCUUCUCGAGCCGCAUUUAUGACAUUGGGACAAUUAGCUUUUUAUGAUAAAUUUAAAAUCUUGCUUAUUAACUCUGGUGGAUUUGAAGAUAAACCUUUAACUCAUAUGAUUGCGAGUUCUAGUGCAGCUGGGGUUGCAACUUUUAUUACCCAACCAUUUGAUGUAAUGAAAACUCGUUUAAUGAAUGCUCCUCCUGGAAAGUAUUCCGAUCUGAUGAGCUGUGCUGUAGAUCUUGCAGUUACUGGUCCAUUAUCUUUUUUUAAAGGUCUAAUUCCAGCAUUCAUCCGUUUAGCACCACAUACUGUAUUAACGUUUGUAUUCCUUGAACAAUUGAUUAUUAACUUUGGACAUUUACCGCCCUCAAAAUAA